AAGGGUUUGGUUAUGGUCUUCCUUCGAGAAGCCUCCUCCCCUCCUUUCAAAAGCCUAUAUUUAGGAGCAGUCAGCUCAGGGACAUUGCACUGAAUUCUGGGCUGAGAGACUGGUAGUCGACGGCCCUCAAGCUGUGAACGCACAGCCCUGCAAAACAGGAGGAAAAAAAAGAGGAAUUGAAACUGAUUAUCAGAGUCAGGGAGGAUACAGGAAAUUUCUUAAGUGGUGUUUUGCAACCCAAUGUAAUAUUCUUUAAGAGAAGAGAGACACUUCAGUUUUCUUUCUCAGACUACAACAGUGAAACAACAGGCUGAGGUGAUGGGGGAUGAGAAGCAUGAAGGCAAAUUGCCCAUUGUUGAAGAAACAACGGUUAAAGUGCUGUAUGAAACGGAGGCAUCACUUGAGCAUGACGGAAGAACUGAUUACAGCCUAACUGGGACAAACUCCAUCUACUCGGCGAUUCUGAGCAGGAACGAGGCUGUCAAAGACGCCAAGCGCCUGAAGACUUUUUUGGAACUGCGAGACAAAUAUGUGGAGAAGAAGGUUUUGUUUGAAGACCCUCUCUUCCCUGCAAAUGACUCUUCGCUUUACUACAGCCAGAAGCCUUCCCUGAAGUUUGAGUGGAAGCGUCCCUCGGAAAUUUGUGAAAACCCUCAGUUCAUCGUAGAUGGAGCCAACAGAACAGACAUCUGUCAAGGAGAACUUGGUGACUGCUGGCUGCUCGCUGCCAUCGCCUGUCUGACGCUGAAUGAGAAGCUGCUGUACAGGGUGAUUCCCUCGGAACAGAACUUCACCGAAAACUACGCUGGAAUCUUCCACUUUCAGUUUUGGCGCUAUGGGGAAUGGGUGGAUGUGGUUGUGGAUGAUCGUAUCCCCACCCACAACAAUCAGUUGGUUUUCACCAAAUCUUUUAGGAAUAAUGAAUUCUGGAGUGCUCUUUUAGAGAAAGCUUAUGCCAAAUUGCACGGCUCUUAUGAGGCACUGAAAGGGGGAAACACAUUGGAAGCCAUGGAGGAUUUCACAGGUGGAGUGACUGAGUUCUUUGAGUUGUCUGAGGCACCCAAAGACUUCUACAACAUCUUGAGGAAAGCUCUGGAGAGAGGCUCAUUGAUGGGCUGCUCCAUAGAUGUUUGUUCAGCAAGUGAACUGGAGACUCGGACCGAACACGGGCUGGUGAGGGGUCAUGCCUACUCCAUCAUAGGUCUAGAGGAGUGUGACCAGAUUGGAAAGGACACCAAAAUUCGUCUGAUCCGCCUGCGCAACCCAUGGGGUUGGGUGCUGUGGAAGGGACCGUGGAGUGCAAAUUCAAAGGAGUGGUCGACCAUCUCCACUGCAGACAAGGAGAAUCUCAGCAAACAGACUGUGGAGACGAGCGAGUUCUGGAUGUCUUUUGAGGAUUUCAAGAGAAAUUUCACCAAGCUGGAGAUGUGCAACCUGACGCCCGACACGCUGCAGGGGGAUGAAAGGAAAAGCUGGUCAGUGUCGGUCAACGAGGGGCGCUGGGUGAGGGGCAGCUCUGCGGGUGGCUGCAGGAACUUCCCGGGCACGUUUUGGACAAACCCGCAGUAUCGUCUGCAGCUGUAUGAGGAGGAUGACGAUCCAGAGGGUGGACAGGGGGCCUGCACUGUCGUCGUGGCUCUGAUGCAAAAAGGCCGGCGGAUGCAGCGCCAUGCAGGGGCCAAAUUUUUGACCAUCGGAUUUUCCAUCUACGAGGUGCCAAAUGAGAUGAAAGGGCAGACACAACAUCUGCAAAAGGACUUCUUCCUCUACACGGCCUCCAAGGCAAAAUGUAAGACCUACAUUAACCUGCGUGAGGUGACGGAGCGUUUCUGUCUGCCUCCCGGAGAGUAUGUCAUCAUCCCCACCACCUUUCAGCAACAUCAAGAGGGAGAGUUCCUCCUCAGAGUCUUCUCAGAGAAGAAGAACACUUCAGAGGAGGCAGAAAACGUCAUAGAAUCUGACCAGACACAGCAAGACAAGAAAAAGAAAGAAAAGCCUAUUGUGUUUGUGUCAGACAGAGCACGUGCCAACAAAGAAAUCGAGCAUGAUGGCAUUCGGGGGGAAAAGAGGAAGAAACCUAAGCGAAAACUGCUUCAACCUGAAGAAGAGACUGAGGAAGAAAAACGGUUCAGAGCCAUUUACCAACAGAUUUCAGGAGAGGACAUGCAGAUCUGCGCCAAUGAGCUGAAGAUGGUCAUGAAGAACGUACUUUCCAAACAUAAUGAAAUUAAGUCAGACGGCUUCAGCCUGGAGACGUGCCGGAGUAUGAUCGCCUUAAUGGAUACUGACGGCACCGGGAAAUUAAAUCUGCAGGAGUUCAAACACUUGUGGAAUAAGAUCAAGCAGUGGCAGGUCAUCUUCCAACGUUACGAUAAAGACAAAUCCUGCUCCAUCAGCAGUUUUGAGAUGAGGAAUGCUGUUAAUGAUGCAGGGUUUCACCUCAACAACCAGCUAUACAACAUCUUAGCCAUGCGCUAUGCAGAUGAACACCUCAACAUAGAUUUUGACAGUUACAUCUGCUGUUUUGUGAGGCUGGAGGGGAUGUUCAGGGCUUUCAAUGCCUUCGAUAAAGAUGGAGAUGGAGUAAUCAAACUCAAUGUCCUAGAGUGGCUUCAGCUGACCAUGUACUCUUAGGUCAACCUCUGCUCCAUGAGGCAUUCAAAGUCUUGUUAUACACCACUUUGAUGUCCCAAAAAAAAAACAGUGUUGCACUGACAUUACAGUGAGAGAAACUUCUUGUUUCUUCAGUUGUAUCUUUGAUUCAACAUCUAAAGUUUUCCAAACUCUCAAGUUUUCAAUGAUCUGAGUUUGAGGUAGACGCUAUUUUCUAAGAUCUUGUGCAACACCAAAUUCAGAGUGGAUUCAGACUUCAGAGUUU